AACAAAUGGUAGUUGAACGUUUAAUCAGUUCGGUUUACUGGUGAAACAUACUGCUGCCAGUAAAUACAGUGUUUUUAUCAAUAAUGCCGACAAUAAGAAUCAGAUCAACGACGAUGUAUCUUGAAUAUUCUAUGGAACAAACAAGAUUUCUUUGAGAAGCUUUCGCAUGGACAAAUGGCUCCAAGAUAGGAAGCUUUGGCUUUUCGGUAGCACGCUACCUUUGCUACCAAGGAGGUAAAUAUGUCACGCGCGCCGAGCAAGGCGAUGGAACGAUACGAACGACUAGCGCGUCUUGGAGAGGGUAGCUACGGUGUAGUCUUCCAGUGUAGAGAUCGGCAAACUGGAAAAUUGGUAGCUGUAAAAAAGUUCCAACAAACAGAAGAUGAUCCUCUUAUACGCAAAAUUGCGCUACGUGAAAUAAGACUUCUUAAGAAUCUUAAACAUCCAAAUCUGGUCAAUCUUCUGGAGGUCUUCAGACGGAAACGGAAAUUACACCUAGUCUUUGAAUAUUGCGAGUAUACGUUAUUAAAUGAGAUGGAGAGAUAUCCGAGUGGGUGUCCGGAAAUCACUACAAAACAACUCACAUGGCAAAUACUGCAGGGCAUCGCAUAUUGCCAUCGAUUGGGUUGUGUUCAUAGAGAUGUAAAGCCGGAAAAUAUUUUAAUCACAGGCGAUGGCGUGGUAAAAUUGUGUGACUUCGGUUUCGCUCGAAUGCUCAGUCCUGGUGAAAAUUACACAGAAUAUGUUGCAACUAGAUGGUACAGAGCACCUGAACUAUUGGUUGGAGAUACUCAAUACGGUACACCAGUCGAUGUAUGGGCAAUCGGUUGUGUUUUCGCAGAACUAAUACGUGGAGAAGCACUAUGGCCAGGAAAAUCAGAUGUGGAUCAAUUAUACUUAAUUCGAAGAACUAUCGGUGACUUAUUACCAAGACAUUUAGCUAUUUUUCAGCAAAACGAAUUUUUCGCUGGUAUCAUUUUACCAACUCCUCAAACUCUCAUCCCUCUCGAAAUUGUUCUACCAAAGAGAGGCAAUACAAUUUUACAACUUGACUUUCUAAAAAAGUGCUUGGAUAAAGAUCCUGAUGAAAGAUGGUCCUGUGAACAACUUUUACAACAUCUUUAUUUUGAGAAUUUUCACUUCAAAAUGCCUGAAGCAGAAAUGGAGGAAUUUGAAAAACUUAAAAAAAAUCGGGAUCGAUCACAAAAUAAUAAUAGCAAUGAAAUGGUAUUACCACAACUUCCUAAAGCUGGUGCUUCGGUACACAGUCAAAAUGAAAAUCGGCCGAAAAGCUCCUCCAUGAAUUAUCAACAGAAUUUUGAUCACCUGCCUACUAUUAAAAGGUUCUAAUUAAGCUCCUCUGUGAUUGUAAUAUAUUUAUAUGUAUAUAUAUACAUAUAUAUUUAUUUAUUUAUUUAUUUAAACUUUAUAAACUUUCAUUAUAAAUU